AUGGAUUCGCAGUGCCAAUAUUCUGCCGAGAUCAUGAGGAGCUCUCUCGUCAAGAUCCGGAUAUUGGUGGUCGACGACGACUCGACUUCUCUCUUGGUCGUGACCAAAGUUCUCAAGAAAUGGAACUAUGAAGUGACCGGAGUGAAAAAUCCAUUGGAUGCGAUAUCGACUCUCAGAACGAGACGAGGACUAUUCGACCUUAUCGUGACGGACUAUCAUAUGCCCAUUAUGAAUGGGCUCGCACUCCAACAGUGCGUACUUGAAGAAUUCAACUUACCCGUAAUAAUGAUGUCAGGGGAUAACAACGAGUGCCUCAUGCUCAAGAGCUUAGAGUGCGGGGCUGCCUACUUCAUCUUAAAGCCAGUUAAGCCCAUUGAUUGCAAGAACAUUUGGCAGUAUGCUGUAGCAAGGUCCUCCAACUCCAAGGGCAAAUCCAUUAAUAAUGUUAAUAAUAAUAACAAUAAUAAUAAUAAUAAUAAUAAUAAUAAUAAUAAUAAUAAUAAUAAUAUCCUUCCUGUCAAGAGCAUGAUCAAGCUGAAUACUCCUACUCCUCCUACGUCCAUGGCGGCUGCUUCUGUUCAUGAAAAUCUAAUCACUCCACAACCGCCCACAUCAAAUGACGUCAAAUCAAAUUUGCCCUCCAAACCUCUUAAGGCGCCAAAGGAUAAAACUGUCAAGAAGCCAAAGGUUGCAUGGACCAACUAUCUCCACAACCGAUUCCUACAGGCCAUCAACUUCGUCGGCAUUGAAAGGGCUGUUCCGAAGAAGAUCCUCGAGUUAAUGAAUAUUCCUGGAUUAACCCGACAGAAUGUUGCGAGUCAUCUGCAGAAGUACCGGAUCUUCCUCAAACGAGUUGCAGAGAAGGGGAAAGAGCAUCAGUUGAAGAACUCCGGGGAUGUUUUAGCCCCGAGACCGAGCUUGUUCACCAUUCCUCAUCCUCCUUCGAUGAUAACAGCAACUCGAGGAGUAUAUCCCUAUUUUCAGACGAAUCAAGCACUCUCAUCAUCAAACCAGCAUGGGCUGCACUGGGGUUCCUCGAUCCCUAAUGAUCGUAGAAUCGUUGCCAGUAGUUUCGCCUCCCUAGAAGCUCCCAAUGCUCAAGCUAGGUUCAACCAACAGAUGGUACUCGGCACAGCCAAUAAUGCUUCCCUUUCUAGGUCUGAUAUGCCAUCUUCUCGGACGGAUCUCCUGAAUAACAAUCCAGAUCUUUCCCAGUAUUCUGCUACAAGUGACUUCACUAAUCUCACAAGUUCGAAGCCAGUGUUUCAGAACCAGUCUACCGGAGCAAGUCAGGGCCUGCUCACUCCUACCAGCCUUUUGAAUGUCAAUUCGGGGAAACCCGACUUUGGUCUUGGCAACCACCCUGGAAGCUAUGGAAAUAUGAUCAGGUUUCUUGGAAGUGCCUCUCCAUUGAAUUCUCGCUCAAGCAACAAUAAUUAUAUAGCCAACCAUCAGCCGAGCCUCGGGGGAAUGACUACUAAUAAUGAGGUCCAGAUAAAUAUAGGAACAAACCAACUUUCCAGUGGUUUCGAAGACCAUGGCUUAUUAAUGGAUCUGAUGUCCAACGAUCAGUUGGAGCAUGGAGAGAAUCACGGCUAUGAAAUGACAGGCAAUGGUUUGAUUCUCAAUGACAACACUCCGACACCACAGCUCAAGAAUGGAGAUCUUUUCAACAUAUUAAUGGAGCACUUUCCUAAUCUGACACGUGGUGGAGAAGAAAUCCAGCAAAUGACUCCCUUCAGCAAUGGCUCAAAUAGUCACGGAGACCAUUGUGUUGGCGCUAUAAUUCCCAGUGAUGCAGCCCAAGACCAAGAGAAUGCUCCAUGGGAUUAUGAAGACCUCCAGCAACUGAGCCCUGUUGUUCCUAACACGGGUCAUCAACAGCAGCAAGUCAUUCCCGGGAAUGAUGCAUCUCAUGAGCAGGACUGGCCAGACGAUGAUUUCAUCGACUCUCUGCUUGCAAAUAUUACACCGAGCCUGAUGGACUGA